AUGUGGAUAUUCGGUUACGGGUCGCUGAUGUGGUACACCGAUUUUCCGUACGAGGCGGUGCAGGGUGGUACCCCUGGAAGAACGGUGACGUUGAUUCCAUCGGAAAAGGGUAGCUGCUGGGGUUUAGCCUACAAAGUUCCGGAGGACAAAGUAAAGGAAACAAUCGAAUAUCUGGAUCACCGGGAAAAAGCUGGAUAUUCAAUUGCUGAUGUUGAUUUUUAUCCGGACUCCGGGGAAGCGCCUUUCAAGGUUUCUGUAUACAUUUCCCCGCAAAAUGAUAACGAAUUCCAUGCGGGACCCACCGAGAUUGAGGACGUUGCUGUUCAGAUAAUGGAAUGCCACGGACCUUCCGGGCCCAAUCUGGAGUAUGCGUUGAGAGUUGCGCAUGUACUACACGAAAAGGCUCCACACUUCGUUGACGAGCAUGUUUUUGAGUUGGAAAAGUUGUUGCUGAAGAAGGCUCGAGGUUCCGGAACCGGGAUUCAGAUCCUUGAAAAGCUCGGGUACGUGCUCGAGGAGGACAACACGAUCACGGAAGUGCACACCUUGGAAGUGAAAGAAGUUAAAGAAAAA